GGGGCAGGCCAUGGCGAGUAGUCGACAGGUACGAGGUGCUGGUGCUGGCCAAGUCCUGCCCGUCAUUACACACAAGGACCGCACUUGACGAUGCGACACCCGAUCAUCAUCGGAUGGGCAGGGCUAGGAUGCGAUACGAUGCGAUACGGCACACACGCUGCGACUCUGCGCGCUGCCCAACCGGCGCUUCUCUUGCUCUGCUCUCACUCCUCUCUCCUCUGCGCGCGCCCUCUUGGGCAGCUGGGCGACGGCGCAUCAUGCUUCGGCCAUGGUGCGCGACUAGGCGGCGGGCGGGAGAAGCACGAAGAAGCUGGGGAGAAUUUAUUAUCCUCUCAUCAUGGCGCCGCACACGUUCCUCGAGUGCCGCCCACGGCGCAAGACACUCGCGUCCCGGCUUCUGGGGAGCAGCGUCAUGGCUCGCUCCUAGCGGCAUGUCCCCUCGGCCCCUCUCUGCGGGAGAUCUCUUGCUGUUCUUAUCGCCGCGCGCAUGUCCUACCCAACGGUUCCGCAUCCUCUCCUCCGACGGUACCGCCUGUCGUUUCUCCAGAGCACAAUCUGUUUCAAGUCAGCGAUCAAAUGCCAAAAAGGAAGUCAUUCAAACACACAAAAGAAAUUCCCGGAACAAAAAAACGCUCGUAUAAUCGCACGCCUCGCGACCCGACCGCGCACUACGCUACGCCAGGGACAGGCGCGCGCGGGCCGGCAGGGUUUAACGAGGUGUGA